AUGUCUGCCCACAUGACCCCUGUCACUGCUAAGGACGCUUGCCCCCCUGCUGGUCCUUACUCCCAGGCCAUCCGCGCCAACGGCCAGCUCUUCGUCUCCGGACAGAUCCCCGCUGAUUCCACCGGCUCCCUGGUCGAGGGUAACAUUGGUGUCCUGACCCAGGCCUGCUGCGACAACAUCAAGGCUAUCGUCACCGCUGCCGGAUCUAGCGUUGACAAGAUUGUCAAGGUCAACGUCUUCUUGACUGAUAUGGCUAACUUCGCCGAGAUGAACGCUACCUACGAGAAGUUCUUUGUUCACAAGCCUGCUCGUAGCUGUGUUGCUGUUCAUCAGCUGCCCAAGGGUGUUCCCGUUGAGAUUGAGUGCAUUGCUCUUGAGUAA